CAUCCCCAUCGCCUUCCUCCUCCUCCUCGUCAGACAUGCCCCGCUCUGGAGGCCGGGCUCGCCGAGGAGGAUCAUGACUGCGGCGGCGAACGGGGCGAGCCUGGAGGACUGUCACUCCAACCUCUUCUCCCUGGCGGAACUCACAGGCAUCAAGUGGCGUAGGUAUAACUUCCAAGGCCAUGGAGACUGUGGCCCUAUUAUCUCAGCCCCUGCUCAAGAUGAUCCAAUUCUUCUGAGCUUCAUCCGCUGUCUGCAGGCCAAUCUGCUGUGUGUCUGGCGCCGUGAUGUCAAACCAGAUUGCAAGGAGUUAUGGAUAUUCUGGUGGGGAGAUGAACCAAACUUAGUAGAUGUGAUACAUCGUGAAUUGCAGAUGGUAGAAGAAGGCCUUUGGGAGAAUGGACUUUCCUAUGAAUGCAGGACGCUGCUUUUCAAGGCAAUCCACAGCCUGCUGGAAAGAUGCCUGAUGGAUAAGAACUUUGUAAGGAUUGGGAAGUGGUUCAUCCGACCAUAUGAGAAAGAUGAAAAGCCCAUUAACAAAAGUGAGCAUUUGUCCUGCGCCUUCACGUUUUUCCUGCAUGGAGAAAGUAAUGUGUGCACCAGUGUGGAGAUCGCCCAGCACCAGCCUAUCUAUCUGAUCAGUGAGGAGCAUCUCCAUAUGGCCCAGUCCUCCCCCACGCCAUUCCAAGUGCUGAUCAGCCCUUAUGGUCUAAGCGGUACUCUGACGGGCCAGGCAUAUAAGAUGUCAGACCCAGCAACCCGUAAGCUAAUCGAGGAGUGGCAGUAUUUUUACCCCAUGGUGCUGAAGAAGAAAGAGAGUUUGAAAGAGGAAGAAGAACUGGGAUAUGACGACGACUUUCCUGUGGCGGUUGAAGUCAUCGUUGGUGGGGUCCGAAUGGUGUAUCCUUCAGCUUUUGUUCUUAUUUCUCAAAACGACAUUCCUGUGUCUCAGAGCACCUCCACACCAGGAGGCCACAAUAGUGUGGCACAGCCAGGAGCUGGAAGCCUGAAAGAUCCCAGCAGCUGUGGAAUGUUACUCACACCACCCACCUCUCCAGAGCAGACUGUCAUAGGUGAAAGUGGAGGCAUUCCCAGCACGGCCAGUCACCCAGCAGCACCAGAUGGCAUGGUCACUGUGCAAAGUCCAAAGAAAUCAGGGAAGAUUCCUCCAAAAUUCCAGAAUCGCAUGGUCCACAGAGUGUGGAAGGAGUGCAUCCUCAAUAGGCCACAGUCCAAGAGGAAUCAAGUUACUGCAGCAAACGUGGAGGAAGAAGCUUCUACCAACAGUGUUUCUUGGGAUUUUGUUGAUCCAGUCCAAAGAGUCUGCUGUUCUUGCUCCCGGCACAAGCUGCUCAAGCAACGCUGUGCUGUGGGUUCCAGUCGUCCGCCAACGAUAUCGCAGCCAGGGUUUGGUGUGGGUUCUUCCUCCACCUCUUCCUCCUCCUCCUUGCCACCUCCUGCCUCUAAGCACAAAACCACAGAGAGGCAAGAGAAAUCGGAAAAACUGCAGAAGAGGUCUCUGCUGCCAUUUCACCACCGUCCCUCGAUCACAGAAGAGCUUUGUAUGGAGCAGGACCCGUCAGGACCGAAGCUGGCCUUGUCAGGAAUGGAGCCCUCCUUGGAAGCCCCGAAUAGCCGGAAGUAUGAGAAGCCGCUAUCUCUGCCCCCGAGACACCCCAGCAAGCAAACCAAUUUGAAUCCUAUGGAUUCCCCCCACUCCCCCACAUCCCCUCUGCCUCCCACGCUUAGUCCCCAACCAAGAGGACAGGAAGGGGACAGUCUCGACCCGCCGUCCGUCCCUGUGAAUCCAGCCCUGUACAGCAAUGGGUUGGAGCUCCAGCCGAUGGCCAACCCAGAGGACAGGACGGUUCUGGUCAGCCAGAGGCUGCCUCUGAUGACAGAAGUCAGCGAGACGGCCUUAUAUUGCGGGAUCAUCCACAGCCAAGAGUCGGCAAACCGAUGGCAGGGAUAUACACUUCCUUCCAACAGCGAUCCCGACUUCAGGCCCCCAGAGCUCCGGUGUGAGAGAGACGACCCCAAGAUGGAUGCUGCCUCCGAAAGCACUGCACUGAAAAGGCUCUUAGCACAACCUAAUAAGCGAUUUAAGAUCUUGGAAGAAAGCCCCCCACUGCCAGCUCUGAACUAUCUUGACCCCUUAUCUCUAAUACAACAGCCUGGCGAAUGUUUGGGAGAUGUCACUGAUCCUUACACAUUUCAGGAUGGCGACAUCAAAUACAGCUUCACUGGCACUAAAAAAUGCAAACUUGGGACUGAGAGAGACUCUCUGAAGAAGAAGUCAGAAGAUGGAACCGUAACUAAGGAGAUUUCUGCGACAGGUCAUUCCACCACAAUGCCAGAUGGGAAAGAUGCAAUGUCCAUUUUCAGUUCUGCUCCCAAAACAGACACACGGCAAGACAAUGCUGCAGGCCGCGCUGGUUCUGGGAGCCUCACACAAGUCACAGAUUUGGCCCCAUCACUACAUGAUCUAGACAACCUCUUUGAUAAUUCUGAUGAAGAUGAGCCCGGGGCUGUCUCACCGGCCCUACGGUCGUCAAAGAUGCCUGCUGUGGGGACAGAAGAGCGCCCUCUGGGCAAGGAUGGCCGAACAGCAGUCCCUUACCCCCCAACUGUGGCAGAUCUGCAGAGGAUGUUUCCCACACCGCCUUCCUUGGAGCAACAUCCGGCUUUCUCCCCUGUGAUGAGCUACAAAGAUGGCAUCAGUUCAGAGACGGCAACUACUCUGGGGAUGAUGGAAAGUCCCGUGGUCAACAUGGUUACAACUCAACUCACAGAAUUCAAAAUGGAGGUGGAAGAUGGAUUAGGCAGCCCCAAGCCAGAAGAAAUAAAAGAUUUCUCCUUUGUGCACAAAGUUUCGACCUUUCAACCCUUUAUGGGUUCCUCUGUGUUUGCUCCUUUGAAGAUGCUACCAAGCCAUUGCCUGCUACCUCUGAAGAUACCAGAGGCCUGCAUCUAUCGGCCGUCCUGGGCUAUUCCUCCAAAAAUCGAACAACUGCCCUUACCGCCUGCAGCUGCUUUCAUCAGAGAUGGUUACAACAACGUGCCCAGUGUCGGGAGCCUGGCCGAUCAGGACUACUUGCAGAUGAACACUCCCCAGAUGAGCACUCCGGUGACUCUCAACAGUGCCGCCCCAGCCAGCAACAGCGGGGCCGGGGUCCUGCCUUCCCCAGCCACCCCCCGGUUCUCCGUCCCCACGCCGCGCACGCCCAGGACUCCAAGGACUCCUCGAGGUGGAGGCACUGCCAGCGGGCAGGGGUCUGUGAAAUACGACAGCACAGACCAAGGGUCGCCGGCCUCUACGCCCUCCACCACCCGGCCCCUCAACUCGGUGGAGCCGGCCACGGUCCAGCCCAUUCUGGAAGCCCACAGUCUGUACGUCACCCUCAUCCUCUCGGACUCUGUGCUGAACAUCUUUAAGGACAGCAACUUCGACAGCUGCUGCAUCUGUGCUUGCAACAUGAAUAUCAAGGGUGCCGACGUCGGGCUGUACAUCCCGGAUUCCUCGAACGAGGACCAGUAUCGGUGCACGUGUGGGUUUAGUGCAAUUAUGAACCGCAAGCUAGGGUACAACUCGGGGCUCUUUAUUGAGGACGAGUUGGAUAUCUUUGGCAGGACGUCAGACAUUGGCCAAGUGGCAGAGAGGAGGCUGCUGAUGUGUCAGACCACCUUAUUGGCUCCGCUUGGAGAGGGGGCCCGGCGGGUCCAAGAGCCGCCCAUGAGCCUCCUGCUCCUCCUCCAGAAUCAGCACACCCAGCCUUUCACCUCCUUGAGCUUCUUGGACUCCAUGUCUGCCUGUAGCCGGCAGGCCCUCCCUUACACGAACUGGAGCUACGACCGAAUCCAGGCGGAAAGCAACGACUCCUGGAUCGAGUGUUUCAACGCUCUGGAGCAAGGCAGGCAGUAUGUGGACAACCCGACUGGCGGCAAGGUGGACGAAGCCCUCGUUCGAAGUGCCACCGUGCACUCCUGGCCGCACAGCAAUGUUCUGGACAUUAGCAUGCUGUCCUCCCAGGACGUGGUGCGAAUGCUCCUCUCCCUCCAGCCCUUCCUUCAGGACGCCAUCCAGAAAAAGCGGACUGGCCGGACCUGGGAGAACAUCCAGCACGUUCAAGGACCCCUCACCUGGCAGCAGUUCCAUAAAAUGGCCGGACGGGGGACCUACGGUUCAGAGGAGUCCCCGGAGCCCCUUCCAAUCCCGACGUUGCUGGUUGGCUACGACAAGGACUUCCUGACAAUCUCUCCGUUCUCCUUGCCGUUCUGGGAGAGGCUGCUGCUGGACCCGUAUGGGGGCCAUCGGGAUGUUGCCUAUAUUGUGGUGUGUCCAGAAAAUGAGGCCAUGCUUGAUGGAGCCAAAACUUUCUUCAGGGACUUGAGCGCUGUAUACGAGAUGUGUCGGCUUGGCCAGCAUAAACCGAUCUGCAAAGUGCUGCAUGAUGGGAUCAUGCGAGUGGGGAAGACGGUGGCCCAGAAACUGACGAAUGAGCUUGUGAGCGACUGGUUUAAUCCACCCUGGGGCAAUGAAGACUGUGACAAUCAUUCCAGGCUCAAACUUUAUGCGCAAGUCUGUCGCCACCACCUAGCACCUUACUUAGCCACUUUGCAACUUGAUAGCAGCCUGCUGGCGCCGGCCAAACACCAGACUGCACCGCCUGUGCCAUUGAGCCAAGAACAAACUCUGCCUGGGAGCGCAACAUCGAUUCCCCCCGGCUCUGCCUGUCUUGCUGCACCUGGGGUUCCCCCGGCGGGCAACUCGUUCACUUCCACCCCCAACGGCGGGGCCACGAACCUCCCGCCAGGCAACAGUUCGGCCUCAGGAUCCGCAGUGCCACAGCUCCCCGCUGCCUCUGCCGCCGCCUCAGCACCCAGUAUUAACCAGACAAGCACUACCUCCUCUUCAGGGUUCAGUGGUGGCCCGCCUCAGGCCCCAAACCCGGCUCCUGGGGCCAGUUCCACAGAGAGACCCCAAGGAAGCUCAGUCUCCGCAGGAGACGCAGAGACCGGACACAACUCAUCUCAACAGCAACAAGAAGGGCAAGAAAAUUCUGCGGAGCGGGAGAGGAUAGGAAUCCCCACAGAGCCCGAGUCCGCAGAUAGCCAUGCCUAUCCCCCGGCGGUCGUGAUCUACAUGGUGGACCCCUUCACCUACACAGCAGAUGAGGAAUCUGCCUCGGCCAACUUCUGGCUCCUGAGCUUGAUGCGAUGCUACACAGAGAUGCUAGACAACUUGCCUGAGAACAUGAGGAAUUCUUUCAUUCUCCAGAUUGUGCCUUGCCAAUACAUGCUGCAGACCAUGAAGGACGAACAGGUCUUCUACAUUCAGCACUUGAAGUCUCUGGCAUUCUCUGUCUACUGCCAGUGCAGGCGGCCGCUGCCCACACAGAUCCACAUCAAGUCUCUGACUGGCUUCGGGCCAGCUGCCAGCAUCGAGAUGACUCUCAAGAACCCCGAGAGGCCCAGCCCCAUCCAGCUGUACUCACCUCCGUUUAUCCUGGCACCCAUCAAAGACAAGCAGACGGAGCUCGGGGAGACCUUUGGAGAAGCCAGCCAGAAGUACAACGUGCUCUUUGUGGGGUAUUGCCUGUCGCACGACCAGCGCUGGCUGCUGGCCUCCUGCACUGACCUGCACGGCGAGUUGCUGGAAACCUGCAUCGUCAACAUCGACUUGCCCAACAGGUCAAGGAGGUGCAAGGUAUCCGCCCGGAAAAUUGGCUUGCAGAAGCUGUGGGAAUGGUGCAUUGGGAUUGUCCAGAUGACAUCACUGCCCUGGAGAGUUGUGAUUGGACGCCUUGGGCGACUUGGCCAUGGGGAGUUGAAAGACUGGAGCAUCCUGCUCGGAGAGUGUUCGCUGCAGACAAUCAGCAAGCAGUUGAAGGAGGUGUGUCGGAUGUGUGGCAUCUCCUCGGCAGACUCUCCCUCCAUUCUCAGUGCCUGCUUGGUCGCCAUGGAGCCCCAGGGGUCCUUCGUGGUCAUGCCAGAUGCUGUCACCAUGGGGUCUGUGUUUGGCCGGAGCACUGCCCUGAAUCUGCAGUCGUCCCAGCUGAACACGCCGCAGGAUGCAUCCUGUACACACAUCUUGGUGUUUCCAACCUCUGCAACCAUCCAAGUCGCUCAGUCAAACUAUCCCAACGAGGAUGGAUUCAGCCCAAACAAUGAUGACAUGUUUGACCUACCUUUCCCGGAUGACAUGGACAAUGACAUUGGAAUUUUAAUCACUGGGAAUCUCCACUCAUCUCCGAACUCCUCCCCUGUCCCGUCCCCCGGCUCUCCUUCUGGGAUUGGAGUAGGACCGUCCUUCCAGCACAGUCGGAGUCAAGGAGAACGCCUCCUCUCCCGGGAGGCCCCUGAAGAGCUGAAGCAGCAGCCUCUCGCCCUGGGCUACUUCGUCUCCACUGCCAAAGCCGAGAACCUCCCUCAGUGGUUCUGGUCAUCUUGUCCGCAGGCGCAGAACCAGUGCCCCCUCUUUCUGAAGGCUUCACUGCAUCAUCACAUCUCCGUAGCACAGACCGAUGAGCUUCUCCCUGCCCGGAACUCCCAGAGGGUUCCCCAUCCCUUGGACUCUAAGACCACAUCAGAUGUUCUGAGGUUUGUUUUGGAACAGUACAACGCACUGUCCUGGCUCACGUGUAACCCUGCAACUCAGGAUCGCAGCUCCUGCCUUCCUGUCCACUUUGUGGUGCUCACACAGCUAUACAAUGCCAUCAUGAACAUCCUUUAAUAUCGAAGAAGCGCCCAGCUGAUCUUCCCCUUCAGCUUGAGAAACGUGCCAUGGCCUGCAGGAGUCGGGACUCUCCUCCUCUUCAGAUCAGCCUCUGAGGGCGCGAGCCGUGCUUCGUUUCCUCCACCGUAUCGGGAGGCUGCUUCGGUGUGAGGAGUGUUCCCUAGUGGAGCGUGUCAGCACUUCUGUCAAGAAUCUCGGACAGUGGAUGUAUUACAGCCUCAAGGCAGUGUUACUUUGGUGGCGGAACAUUAUGGAACAACGGACCACGGAGAAGACGGGGGCCUCUUUCUUUGUGCACUGAGCUCUUUGCUGAAGAGAGAUGGAGAAUAUCAAUCUUGGAAGCAAGAACGGUGUCACAACCAGUUUGGGGUGGCCCAAAGCUUAUUAUGUUGUUCCUUAAAAACCAUGAGAUGGGACUUACCCGCAAAGAGAAACCAAUUCUAGUAGUUUAUAAAUAGUGGAUUUUUCUGUCUACCUGGAAUUCCUGUCGGAGUGGAUUGGGAUGAAUGCAUGCAUUUGUUACCUGUCCAUGUAGAUAUGAAUGGUCUGGAGAUACUCUAAGUUUGUUCUUUUUUGUUUUAAUUUAUUUAUAGGGGCUGUUUUAAAUUAUAGAGGACCAGGUACAGUAGGUGAUCCAGCUCCGUUCCACUUGGAACUAUUUAUCGACAUACCUCCUGCUCUUCUGACCUAGAAACGGAACAAAAAUAACUGCAGAUCCAAAUAUCAGCUAGAGCAAGUUGGGAGUCACCAUUUUUUGGUGGACCCUUUGAGUUUUAAGGAAUUAUGUCUGUAGCGAGAUUUAAAGAAGUCUCAUGAUGGAUAACAGGAUGCAAGGUAGCCAAAACCAGUGGGAGAUGACAAACACUUUAGUGUCCGACAUUGAGUAAAUUGAGAGGGAGAAGUAUUGACUUCGAGGAGUUUCUGAUAGAUGGGAGAAUUAUUCCUGAAGCCCAAGUUGCCCUUCUGGUCCCCCUCCAGUGCAUUUUUUAAAAACAAAACCUCUUUUUUGUUUAUACAGUUUCAAGUUUGGUUUUUUUCUGCCUAGGAGGAAGAAAUAUUAUUUCAAAGAAAUAAUUUUUAAAAGUUAUAGCAGUAAAUUAGUACUUGAAAUUGAAACCACUGUGGUUGGGGGAAAAAAUGACUUGGUUUCGUUAAAAGGUUUGUUUAAAAAGAAAAGUUUAAAGCAAAUCGUAAUAUUUUGUAUGACUCCUGAAUUCUAGGAUUUGAGAGGGUUUAUAAUGUAAACUCCCCUUUCUAACCUUCAGCGUCCCACUGCGUGGCAGGUGUGGGCUGGGCUGUGAUGAGCAGCCCACUGGCCAUCCUCUGAGAAUACUCUACAAUUUUUGAAGUUCUUCCAAAAGUCUGUCUUGUUCUGGUUAAAAAAAAAAAUAAUUAAAAAAUUUCUAUGAAUUUAAAGAAAUAUUUUUCUUGAAAUGAUGUAACAUUUAAAAGCAAAUUUAUUAUUAAGAAAUUAAUCCCACACGUGAUGUGGAGUGAUGGAUCAGAGGAAGGCUCUGUAUAUGGACUGCUCUCUUCUCUGCUCCAGGGCGUUCGUUCUCCUGGAGAAACCGGUUUGCAGUGUACAGGAGGAAAAUCAGAUGUAUCAAAACCAUUUGUAUCUAAUGUAUACAGUGUAAAAUUGAUUUUAAGAAUAUUGCAGUACUAUUUUUUCUUAAUCAGAAAGGAAAAUUCUCAAGGCCUUUUGAAGAGCAUUAAAAGAUGAAGAUUGUAAACUUGUAUACAAAAAAAAUUAACUUGGCAAAGAAAAACUAUGUAAAGUAAUCUUUUACCACUUUGGGGUUGUUUGUUCCCAAGAUUCACCUGAACUUUGGAUUAUAGUUAGGUUGACUUUUUUUUUUUUAAUGGGCUGUUUUUAUCAAGGGGUUUUUUCUUCCCCCAAGAGAUCCAGUUCUAAUGCAAAAAUUAAAAUAACCCCCACCCCAAAAAUGAGGGGAGGGGUUGUGAGUAGUUUUCAUCUGGUGUUUUUAUUUAAUUUUUUUAAGUUAAGAGAAAACUGGUAACAUAUUUAUACAUUUUUGUGCAAAAUAAAUGAAUGGCAAUAGAUUUUAAAAGAAGAAAAAUCUUAUGUACUUCAGUGUGAAAAAUCUGUAUAAUAUUUCCCUUAAAUAUGCAUUAUUUUACUUGUGAGUUUUUUACUGAAUUAAUCUGAAAAAAUGUACAAGCCCUGGAUUUCCUACAGAGUGAAGAAGUUAUUUUAUUUUUUUUAAUUUCUAAUUUUGGAAAUCAUGCAGAAAUCAGAAUUAUUACAGUUUGAACAAAAGCCGGGCGGGGGGGGGCAGGGGGUGGUCCAGCAUGCUUGUAUGUAUAUUUCAGAACCUUUUUUUAAUGUAAAAGCUGUACAUUUCUUGGGGAGUUUGGAUUUUUUUUUCCUUGAGCAUUUUGCAGUGAGCCUCUUUUAUAUAUAGCCAACAAUUUGAAACAAACAGAAAAGAACUACGUGAAGUUCAUUUUAAAUCUUACAGUAUAUCGCUGGUACAAUACACUAAAAAAAAAGACUUUGAUAAAAAGAAACAAUAAUAAUAAAGACCUCCAUUUUAAAUGUCAUUCAUAUAUACCUUGUGGAUGAGAGCUAUAUACUUUUACACACUUUUUUAGAUGAAUAAAUUAUUGAAUUAUUGAAACUUG